CCCGCACGCGCGCGCUUCACGGGACGCGAUGUACUACGACAUCACCCCGUCACCUCGUCGUUUCGAUGGCGACGGCGCCGGAGGAGCGUUCUACGCCGCGGCGACGGCGAACGGCCUCCACGGCGAGCGCGAUACGCGCGACGAAAACGCCCAGCCGAAUCUUCGCGGCGGCCGGGAGAGGCCAAUCACCCUGGACGAGUUGCACCGCGACGCGAAGGGCGCGACGCGCACCCCGGGCGGGAGCCGAUGGUUCCCGGAUCGACCCGCGUUCGGGAACAUCAGCAACAGCAGCAGGCUCGUGGAGGACGCGCUCGCGCGCGGACGCGCGCGGAAAGGGAACAAGAAGGCGCAGAGGAAGGCGACCGCGAGCGCGAAGAAAGCCGCGGCGGCGUCCGCCGCCGCGGCCUCGCGCGCGGCGCCCGCGCCUCAGCCCGAACCCUCCCCCCGCACGCCCGUGGUGGAGUCCCCCGAACCUGCCGCGGACUCCCCCGGCGUCGGCUCGGACGACGACACCCUCCCCGCGACGGUCAAGCCCGCGCCGGGGGCGCUCACCAUCGCGCGCAUUCGCCGCGCGCGCGACGCCGGCGUCUCCCCGGACGCCCUCGACGCGGAGAUGGAAGCGCAGCACCGCGCGCAGCAGCGGUACGGCGGUCGCGCGGGCCCCAUCGCGUUCCGCGAGAGCGGCCUGUGCCGUCUGCUCAUGUGGCGCGACGUCGCGCGGACGCUCACGGUGUUGAGCGUCGGCGUCGCGGCGCUGGCGGUGGUUCGCGCGCCCACCGCGUUCGCGUCCAUGGUACGCGUGAACCCCGUCGUGAUAUGCUCCUACGUCGCGAUGGCGUACCUCACCAAGGCGUGGCUCCUCGCGUCCGUGUUCCCACGCAGAACGCACGGUCUGAAGGUGGACGCGGACGCGGUCGUCGAGCUCGCGGUGUUUUGCGCGUCGUGCGUCAACGCGUUGACCGCCGCCAACGAGACGACGCUAUCCGGGAGGUCCAACAGAGCCACGCUGGUCGCGUUCACGGGCGCGUACGGCGUGUCACUCCUCGGCGGGCUGCUCAACAGCGCGUGGGUCACGGCGCUCGUGCUGUGGGUCGGCGCGUUCACCGUCCCGAUCGGGUUCGAGACGCACCGCGCGAAGCUCGCGAAGGCGCUCGACGUCGUCGACGCGGCGGCGGGCGCGAGGUGGAGGAAACUGGAGAGCAACAAGCGGUGGGGCGUCGCCGCGAGCGUCGCCGUGACGGCGUUCGUCCUCGCCAGCGCGUGGACCAGGGUCGUGAUGGCGUUCAUCGCGUGCGUCGCGAUGCGUUUGUACCGGGAGACGCACGCGGAGGAACUCAAAGGGUUCGAACGCGUCGUGAAGGACUCGUGCCGAAGACUGAGCCGCGCGGGGAGCGAGUUUCACGCGUACUGCGGGUCCCCGGCGCAGUUUUUGUACCGCCGCGGCGGGAGACGGAGCGGCGGGUUCGGCGUGAACUUUAACAGUUGACCGAGAUGGAGAACGAUGGAAGGAAAGACGUCGAACGCCGAGGUCGGCGAGUGUACUGUACGAUACGACGAGCGUGAAUCACGCGCGUGAUCCCGCGCGACCAGACGGGACGCGCGGCCGAGCGAGGAUGGGUUUGUGUGAAUAGUAUCCGAUAUAAUCGCGCGCA